AUGAACCACCCUGGUGAGAUCAAGGCGGGAUACACUCCCGUGUUGGAUUGCCACACUGCCCACAUUGCUUGCAAGUUCGAGAAGUUGAUGGCUAAGAUGGACAAGAGAACCAACAAGGUCACUGAUGAUGCCCCCACUGUUGUGAAGAACGGUGACUCAGCCAUCGUCAGACUUGUGCCCACCAAGCCGAUGUGCUGUGAAGCUUUCUUGGAGUACCCUCCCCUUGGUCGUUUCGCCGUCCGUGACAUGAGAUCCACUGUCGCUGUUGGUGUCGUCAAAAAGGUUGAAAAGAAGGACUACGCCACCAAGAAGACCGCCGCUAAGAAGUAG